AAUGUAUCAGUGUAUUUAUGUGUUUUUGACAGUUAUAGCAAGUGUAUACAGCCAGCCUUUGGUGGACACAACUCACGGGAAAGUAGCAGGCAAAGUUUUGAGGACGUUGCUAAAAGAUGUGGAAUAUUACGCCUUCAUGGGGAUACCUUACGCAGCCCGGCCUGUUCACACGUUUAGGUUUAUGGCCCCACAGCCAAUACAAACAUGGGAUGGAAUCCUAAACGCUACUAAGUACAAGGAACCGUGCUAUCAAUUCAAGCAUGUUGUGAAAACUGAGCUACCCUUCAGUUACUUCGGCGCCGAGGAUUGUCUCUACCUAAACAUUUUCACGCCCGCGACAGACGAAAACAAUCGCCCGAUUAUUGUUUUCCUCGAAAAUUCCCGAUUCAGGUAUUCAUUAGAUAAAUCAGAUUACGGGCCGGAUUUCUUCAUCGAGGAAGACGUCAUUAUUAUAACAAUAAAUUAUCGUAUGACUUUGUUCGGAUUUCUUUCACUAGAGGACGAUAUUAUACCCGGGAACGCCGGAUUAAAAGAUAUCGUUGCCGGCUUGGAGUGGAUAAAAAAUAACGCGGUGUACUUCGGGGGUGAUCCUAAACGAAUUACAUUGAUGGGGUCACAGGGGGGCGCCGCCGCAGCCGACCUUCUCAUACACUCGCCAGCUAACCAAUUAUUCAAUUCUGUAAUUCUUCAAAGCGGUACAUCGUGGAGCACUAUGUAUUUGCAGGAAAAUGUGCGAGAUCGCGCUUUUCGACUCGCGGAGUUGACAGGAACAACCACGAGUAGCAGCAAACGCUUACUAGAGAUAUUGAGAGAUAUUUCCCCCGAGACUUUACUAGCUCAAGAAAUUGCUGCCAAUCCUAAAGAUUACACAAAGGAGCAUCAAAGAAGUGCGCUUACGUUCGGACCUGUAGUGGAAACUCAUCCGGAUAGCCUAGUGCGCGAGUACCCCGAGCGGGUCAGUAAAAGGAACACGCCUGUUUUGAUUGGGUUCAACUCUCGGGAGGGCCUGGAACCGGCGCUUCAGUAUCUCAUAGAACCCAAGUACUUAAGUUUCCUCGAGAAAGACUUUCCUUUGCUGUUACCGAGACGCGUCGAGUUUAAAUUCGAUCCUGACAGCGAUAGUUACUUUGAAGCUGUAAAAGAGGUUAAGAAAUUUUACUUCGACGGUAAAGUUAAGAUUAGUAGUGUGCCCGAAUACGUGACUUACAUAGGAGAUGUUUUAACAGGGUUCGCUGUGCACGCUAUGGCGGAGAAAUACGCGAAUAUUUCUUCGAGGUCGGUAUUUUAUUACCAAUUUGACUAUUACAGCGCAUUGAGCGAGAAUAAAAAUAAUUUAUUGAAGCUGUCGUCAGUGUCUGAAGGCACGAGCGGCGCGGCGGCGGGGGACGAACUCUGCUACCUAUUCUUGUGCCCCAAAUUAAGGAAGAAAUAUGCGAAAUACUACAAACAACAAACAGAGGAAAUUAACGUUUCUCAGAAAUUAGUGAGGAUGUGGAGUAAUUUCGCGAAACACGGAAACCCAACACCAGAAGGCGACACCGUACUAGACCUCAAAUGGCCCCCUUACACUGAAACAAAAGAGUAUCUCCACAUCAACAAACAAUUGGAAGUACGUAACUCAAUCAAUAGUCGAUUCCGGUUCUGGGCGCGAUUCAUCGGGAAGUGGCGCGCGGCGCUCCGAGGGACGGUCGCGAAUAAAGACGAGCUUUGAUUCUGUAA